AUUACCACGUUAUCGCUAUCGCACGUGAACAAUAUAGCAAGUUUUGAUUAAUUUGUGUUCGUACGUUAAAUAAAGUAAUAAAAAAUCACCAUUUCUGUGACAAUACACGUCGAAGUUGAUAGAACAGUUAGAAACUAUUCCACAGUUGCCAAGGCCGCGACUAAAGAGGUUAAUUGUGAUACUAUUUGAAAAGAAAACUACUAAAAUCUAUAAUACCAAAGACUGUUCUUUGCAUUCUAAUUUCAAAAACACAAGUAAGCGAUGAGGCAAAUCCUACGCCUCCGAGUAUUCAGUUCGCUACUGACAUCCACAAUGAGAAGUCACACGUACAUUGAUUCUCUGGGCUCGGCCAGCAUUAUGGCCCGAAUCCUCGACGGCAAGGCUUUGGCUGGGACCGUGAAGGACGAAUUGAAAGAACUAAUUGCAAACUGGGUGAACCUGGGCAACCGGGCACCAUCCAUCCGUUGCAUCUUAGUAGGAGAAGACCCGGCUAGCCACACUUACGUAAACAACAAGAUCAUUGCUGCAAGAUAUGUUGGCAUUAACGCUGAAGUGAUCAAACAUGAGAGUACUAUAUCCGAAGAACGGCUCAUCCAGGAGAUUGAAGCUCUAAAUGCUGACAGCAGUGUUGAUGGUAUCCUGGUUCAGUUGCCAAUACCUGAGACCAUGAGUGAAAGGAAAGUGUGCAAUGCGGUGGCUCCUGAAAAGGAUGUUGACGGUUUCCAUAUUGUGAACAUCGGACAGCUGUGUGUUGACAUGCCUACAUUAGUGCCUGCUACUGCUUUAGCUGUUAUUGAGAUGCUGAAGAGGUUUAACAUCGAAACUUUUGGACGUAACGCGGUUGUGGUGGGCCGGUCUAAGAACGUAGGACUACCGAUUGCGAUGAUGUUGCAUAGUGACAAGAAACAUGACAAUGGUUUGGGCAUGGAUGCUACGGUAACCAUUUGCCAUCGCUACACUCCAAGUGAACAGCUGACUGUCUUCUGCCAGAAUGCUGAUAUUAUUAUUACGGCGACAGGUGUACCUAAACUAAUAAAGGCGAAUAUGAUCAAGCCUGGAGCAACCGUUAUAGAUGUUGGAAUCACCAAAAUUACUGAUGAAAAUGGAAAAUCCAGACUGGUGGGUGAUGUUGAUUAUGAUGAGGUUGUCAAAGUGGCCGGUGCAGUGACCCCGGUCCCCGGUGGAGUAGGACCUAUGACCGUAGCUAUGCUGAUGCAUAACACCUUCCAAGCAGCCAAACACUUAGCCCAAAAGACUCAAUUACAGUAAAAAAAGCCUUGAAAAUAUCUAGAAAACUAUCUCUCUAUAUUAUAAUUAUUUAUGUUACAUAAAACCUCUUAUUGUUUAAAGCAAUUUUUUUUAAACAUCAACUUUAUUUCAUUGAAAUAGAGGCUAAUUUUGUCUAAUUCUUGAGCUUGCUAAGUUACUGAUUGCAAUUAUGAGCAACAUUUUUUUUUAAUUUAUCAGUUCUCUUGUUUAUCUUCCAGUGUUCAAGUUUCAUUCAAUCUUUGGAAGUUAAUUCGAAUUUUAAAUGUAAAGGAAUCUCUAUACCGGAAUAUUUUGUAACAAUUCUAUAAAUUUAAAAAUUCCAUCGUGCCUACAAAUUUUAGAUUAAGAUUAGUAUAUAAGGAUCAUUGAGUAUUAUAAAUAUAAUUAUUUAAGUGGGUAUGUAGGUAAUUAUUAGUAAAGAUCGAUUAAAAUAGCGAAGGCGUCAAUUCUAAUAGUCCACAGCAAAAUCAACCUUAUCUCUGCACAGUAAGGCACACAUGUUCCUUCCAAAAGCAUUGGUUGAAUUCUAACGCACGAAUACCGCCGAAUGUGCGCGAAUUCAUUCGACUUGUUAUCUCCAAAGGAAUUAUGUGCAUUACAGUGUGGUAAUAAGGUUGAAUUUCCUGUGGCAUUUCUGAUUGACGCUUCGAUUUGCUUAUAUGAAUUGAUCCUAAUAUUGUUAUCAAAUGAAAACAUCUACAAAAUGAUUUCUAUAUAACUUUAUAUAGUUUUUUAUAUAAAAACAUUCCUCUAUUUAUUCAGGAAUGGCUGUGAAUAUAAUUAUAUUGAUUCUUUAAAAUUCCGUCGAAUGUACAAUGUGCAAUAUUGAACUUUAGCACCAACUACUUAAGGCAAAUAUUCCUUUGAACGAUGUCUUCCAGUGUUUUAAUACUUGCGUAGUAUAUCUACUGACUUAACUCUUAAAUCCAAGUGAAUAAGGUUCAAUAUCGUCAAAAUCUUUGUAGCAAAAUUACAUUGUGUUAAUUUGAUAAAUAUGAUUUGCACUGUAUUUUAAUUUAUUCCUAUUUAUUAGAUCUGUAAGGUAAAGACGUAAGUUAAAAAGUAACUUUAAGUAAAAUGUAUUUAGAAUACAUAUUAGCUUGUCUAAUAUUUUUUGUUGUU